AUGGGUACAGCCUCUGUCCGCCGCAAUCUAUUCCACCAGAAUCUCAGCCGCCGUCCUGCCUCCGCGGGCCCACCUAAUGGCAACGUCCCUCAGCCGAACAACGCACUCUCCAACCACCCCUCGCAUAGGCCGAAACCGACAAGCUCGGACUCAUCCUCGUCGCGAAUCAUGAAAUUGACGGAGAACAAGGAGAUCGUUGUGCGGGACAAGAAUGGUGGUUACAAACUGGAUGUACCAUCCUUACCGCAUGCGCUGGUUGGCGAAGACGGGGAGGAACUGGGGGAGCUUGAUGCCGAGGAUGCAGGGGAGACCGGAUUUGACUCUUCAGAGCUAAGCGGGCGUGAGAAAGAAAAGAUCUUGGAUAUCGUCCACCAAAGUCUGCGCAAAAAAGUCGCCUCCUUGGAUGAUGACAAUUGGAUGUUUGAGGCAGAAAGGGAUGUGCGAUUCUGA